UUGGAUUUGGUAACAAAUUUGCGACAAAUUAUAGGCCUUAGGGUAUUUCCAGAUAUUCGUCAAGAACUUCACAAAGAUUGCGAUUUCAAAUAUGCUGUCGACCUAAUAAGAUUUAUUAGGCAAAAUUAUGGUGACCAUUUUUCUAUUGGCGUAGCUGGGUACCCUUUGGGACAUCCCAAAUCAAAAACGAUACAAGAAGACAUGAUCCACCUCAAAGAUAAGAUAGACGCCAAAGCAGACUUCAUCAUAACCCAGGCUAUUUUUGACAAUAAAACGUUUCAAACGUUCCAAAACAGAUGUAGAUCUUUUGGAAUAGAGGUGCCUAUUGUACCAGGAAUUUUCGCGUUUACGUCACAAAAAUCGUUACUAAAAAUGUCCCAGUUUUGUGAUAUAAUGGUACCUCAAGAAGUAAGCGCCAUUGUGGAACAAAACAAGCACAACGCCAUGUCCGUGUACAAUUUCGGAAUUCAUUUCACAACGGAAUUAAUAAAGAACCUUUUAACGGCCAAAAAGGACCCAAUCAUUGACGUCCAUCUUUUUACGUUGAAUAAUAUUUACGCGGUUUACGAAAUAUGUGAAAGAUUAGGUUUUUGUACAUUAAAUAUUGAAAGACCACUAAAAUAUGUCGAAUGAACAGGAAAUAUACCAGUAACACCA